ACGGUUUAUUUAUAAGGUAAAGUCUUCAGCAGCCAUAUCAACUUCAAAAAAUGGAGUUAAGAACACUUGGAAACAUCAAGGAUUCCAUGUAUUCAAAGAUUGGUUCAAGCAAUGAUGUGGGUGAAGAUUCACUUGUGGAUGAGGAGCUUCAGUUGCAGUGGGCUGCUGUUGAAAGACUACCAACGUUUAAACGGAUUAGAACUUCAUUGUUUCAAGUUAAUCAUGGCAAUGGAGGAGAAAACGAUGAUCAGUUUGAAGGGAAGAAGGUUACUGAUGUUACCAAGCUUGGAGGUGUUGAAAGGCGUCUCUUCAUCCAGAAACUUAUCAAGCACAAUGAAAAUGAUAAUCUUAGGCUGCUUCAGAGAUUGAGGGAGAGGAUUGACAGAGUGAAUGUGAAGUUACCAACCGUAGAAGUGAGAUACAAGAAUCUAUUUGUUGAAGCAGAGUGUGAGAUUGUAGAAGGGAAGCCUCUUCCCUCUUUAUGGAAUUCUUUCACAAGCUCAUUUUCAGUUAUCAAGAGGGUAAUGUUAGGAAAGUCUCAUGAAACCAAGUUAAGCAUUCUAAAAGAUGUCAAUGGCAUCAUCAAACCUUCAAGGCUCACUCUUCUUCUUGGGCCACCAGGCUGUGGAAAGACCACACUGUUAUUAGCCCUGGCAGGAAAAUUAGAUCACCCUCUCAAGGUGACGGGGGAAAUCACUUAUAAUGGGUACAGGCUAGAUGAGUUUGUUCCGCAAAAGACUUCUGCUUACAUAAGCCAAUAUGAUCUGCACAUACCAGAAAUGACUGUAAGGGAAACAAUAGACUUUUCGGCUCGCUGCCAGGGUGUUGGAACCAGAGCAGAUAUAAUGGUGGAAGUUACCAGAAGAGAAAAAGAAGCAGGAAUUGUGCCUGAUCCAGAUGUUGACACCUACAUGAAGGCAACUUCAGUUGAAGGACAGAAAAGAAAUCUCCAAACAGACUAUGUUUUAAAGAUUCUUGGACUGGAUAUCUGUGCGGAUAUUAUAACUGGCAGUGCAUUGAAAAGAGGCAUUUCAGGUGGACAGAAGAAAAGAUUAACAACAGGAGAGAUGAUUGUUGGCCCAACAAAAGCCUUGUUUAUGGAUGAGAUAUCAACUGGGUUAGACAGCUCCACAACCUUUCAGAUAGUUACUUAUCUUCAGCAAUUAGUGCACAUCACGGACACAACUGCAUUGGUUUCACUUCUUCAACCAGCACCUGAAACUUUUAAUCUUUUUGAUGAUGUAAUAUUGAUGGCAGAAGGGAAGAUUGUGUACCAUGGUCCUUGCAGUCAAGUACUUCAACAUUUUGAGGAUUGUGGUUUCAAAUGUCCAGAAAGAAAGGGCGUUGCAGACUUCCUGCAGGAGGUAACUUCCAAGAAGGACCAAGCACAAUACUGGUGCCUCACUGAUACUCCUUACAAUUAUGUUACAGUGGAUCAAUUCUCUCAGAUGUUCAAAUCAAGUUAUCUAGGAAAGAAGUUAGAUGACGAGCUCUCAAAACCGUAUGAUAAGUCAAAGUGUCCAAACAAUGCCUUGUCAUUUAGCAAGUACACCUUGAGCAAAUUAGAGAUAUUCAAAGCUUGCAUGGCUAGAGAGGUUCUUCUAAUGAAACGAAACACGCUUGUGUAUGUGUUCAAAACAGCACAGCUUGUCAUCACUGCAUUUAUGGCAAUGACAGUAUUUAUAAGGACUGAGAUGAAAGUGGACUUGCUACAUGCAAACUAUUUGAUGGGUUGUAUGUAUUAUGCAAUUGUCAGACUCAUGACUAAUGGAGUAGCAGAAUUGUCCUUGACCAUUAUUAGACUUCCAGUGGUUCACAAGCAAAGAUCAUUCUAUUUGUACCCAGCAUGGGCUUAUUCUAUUCCAGCUUCUAUUCUAAAGAUUCCACUUUCACUGGCUGAUGCUCUUAUUUGGACAUCUUUAACUUACUAUGUUAUUGGUUACAGCCCUGAAAUAAGCAGGUUUUUCUGCCAGUUCCUUCUCCUCUUUGCUCUGCAUCUAUCCUCAACAUCCUUUUGUCGUUUCGUAGCAAUAAUUUUCCAAAAUAUGGUUUUUGCAACAACCAUUGGUACUUUGAUUUUGAUGCUAAUGUUCCUGUUUGGAGGCUUCAUCAUUCCAAGAUUUGCUUUACCACCAUGGUUGAGAUGGGCGUUCUGGUUAUCCCCAAUGACAUAUGCGGAAAUAGGCAUGACACUGAAUGAAUUCCUUGCCUCCUCCUGGCAAAAGGCUUUCGUGGGAAAUACAACCAUGGGGAUCAGCAUUCUAACAAGUCAUGGUUUGAACUUUGAUGGCUACUUCUACUGGAUUUCAGUUGGGGCAUUGUUUGGCUUCACAAUGCUUUUUGAUUUUGGAUUUAUAUUAGCACUGACUUACUUAAGAGCUCAAAAAAUGUCUCGAACUAUCAUAUCAAAGAAAAGGUUCUCUCAACUACAAGAAAGAGAAGCUAGUAAUGCAAAAUCGGAUCAUGGAUCAACUCUAGCUACUUUUCCCCAAACUAAGGCGGACACAAGAGAAACUGGGAGGAUGGUCCUGCCAUUUGAGCCUCUAACAAUUUCGUUUAAGGAUGUACAAUACUUUGUUGAUACCCCUCCGGAAAUGAGGAAGCAUGGCUACAAUCAGAAGAAACUUCAGCUGCUUCAUGAUAUAACAGGAGCAUUCAGGCCGGGGAUUCUUACUGCACUUAUGGGUGUAAGUGGGGCUGGCAAAACAACUCUGAUGGAUGUUCUUUCUGGAAGAAAAAACACUGGCAUUAUUGAAGGAGACAUAAGAAUAGGAGGGUAUCCUAAAGUACAGGAGACAUUUGCAAGAAUUUCAGGAUACUGUGAGCAGAGUGAUAUUCAUUCUCCACAAAUUACUGUUGAAGAAUCAAUAAUAUACUCAGCUUGGUUGCGGUUGCCAUCUGAGAUCGAUCCAGUCGCAAAAACAAGAUUUGUGGAAGAAGUCAUUGAAACAAUUGAACUUGAUGAUAUAAAAGACUCAUUAGUUGGCUUACCAGGCCAAAGUGGCCUGUCCACCGAACAGCGAAAGAGGCUAACAAUUGCAGUGGAGCUUGUUUCAAAUCCAUCAAUAAUAUUUAUGGAUGAACCCACUUCAGGUUUAGAUGCAAGGGCAGCUGCCGUUGUCAUGCGUGCUGUCAAGAAUGUAGUUUCCACAGGAAGGACAACUGUCUGCACCAUCCACCAACCAAGCAUUGAUGUCUUUGAGGCUUUUGAUGAGUUGAUUCUGAUGAAAACGGGAGGACGGAUUAUUUACUCUGGAUCACUAGGUCGUCAUUCAAGCGAGCUUAUUAAAUACUUUGAGGGUAUUUCAGGUGUGCCGAAAAUCAAAGAUAAUUACAAUCCUGCCACAUGGAUGCUAGAAGUUACUUCUGCAUCAAUGGAAGCAGAACUUGACUUAGAUUUUGCUGACAUCUAUAAAGGGUCACCUCUCUAUCAGGACACCAUUGAAUUGGUGAACCAAUUGAGUGAGCCACCGCCAGGUUCGAAAGACUUACACUUUCCCACUCGUUUUCCACAAAGUGGCAAGGUGCAGUAUAUGGCAUGCUUGUGGAAACAACACUUAUCAUACUGGAGAAGUCCUGAAUACAAUUUGACUCGCUUCAUAUUUUUGAUCAUAGCAUCACUAAUUUUCAGCGCAAUCUUUUGGCAGAAAGGGAAGCACUUGAACAAUGAGCAGGAUUUGUUUAACAUAUUUGGAGCAAUGUACACUGCUGUCAUAUUCUUAGGCGUAAACAAGUGCUCAACAGUAGUACCAUAUGUGUCAACCGAGCGCACUGUUUUGUACCGAGAAGAAUUUGCUGGAAUGUAUUCGCCAUGGGCUUAUGCAUUUGCUCAGGUGACCAUAGAAAUUCCUUACGUUUUAGUACAGGCAAUUAUAUAUGUACUCAUUACGUAUCCAGCAAUGGGGUACUAUUGGUCAGCUUAUAAGGUCUUCUGGUACUUGUAUACAACAUUCUGUACAUUUUUGUACUUUGUAUACCUCGGAAUGCUGCUAGUUGCUGUAUGCCCGAGUAUUGAAACUGCCUUGAUAUUGGCAACUGCAAUCUACACCAUGUUGAAUCUUUACUCUGGCUUUCUUAUGCCAGGACCGAAAAUUCCUAAGUGGUGGACUUGGUGCUACUGGAUUUCACCUACAUCUUGGUCCCUGAAAGGCUUCUUGACUGCACAGUAUGGAGACAUAAACAAAGAGAUAAUGAUAUUUGGCCAGCUCAAAACAGUUAGUUCCUUUCUGGGGGAUUACUAUGGAUUCCAACAUGAUCGGUUAUGCCUUGUUGCUGUUGUUCUCAUUGCUUUCCCAGUUGCUUUUGCGUCCCUUUUUGCCUACUGCAUAGUGAAAUCAAAUUUUCAAAGGAGAUAAAUUAGGAAGAAAAUUCUAAAAUUUCCUUCACCGUCUGUGUAAGGAAUUUGUUCAAGGCAUUAUGUAAUCACAGAUUUUGAAUAUGCAUAUGUCAAUUUGUGUGAUCCUUCAAUGCAAAAUGUUGUAAAUGCUCAACUUGUACUUGCAUACUUAUUGUAUGUGUAUAUAUUAUAGCUUAGACACUCA